AUGCCCGACAAAGUUACAAAGGGCGACUUAUUUGUCAAGGUCACUGUCGGAAAUAAAUGGGGCUGUUUCUCUCGCCAGAAAGACUAUUUAGUAGCUUCUAUCGACAUUAAGCUACGAGAUGCUCUCGUGGGAAUAAAUUCAAAGAGGAAUUUUAUUAAGCAUAUCGAUGGCCGCCAACUGAACAUCCAACUAGGCCUCGGCAAAGUGAUCACACCCGGCAUGAACAUAAUUUAUAAAGGAGAAGGUAUGCCAGUAUUCUCUGACACGAAUGGAAACAAGGGUGAUCUUGUUAUUAAAUUUAAUGUGAUCUUCCCUGUUCACAUCAAUAUUCCCACGGAUCCAUACGUUCGGGACGAAAUUGAUAUUAUCUUUGAAACGGAGGAAGAACGUCAAAUUCGUGAGAACACAAUUAUUAUCGAAGACGACCGUGAAGAUGAACUUGAAUAUGAUUCUUUAAAAGAUCCUUUUGACGAUACAGAAGAGCAGUUCUAUGACUGUGAAGAUACAGAUGACCUGUUCUACGAUUGUGACAAUUGUAGCCACUUGGAUUCAUGA